AUGGCUGAUUUGAAACAAGUAUUAUUUACACCUGAUGUGUUAUCAAGGAUAGCACCAGACGUAGCAUUACAAAGACAUCUUUCAAUUGGAAUUAGACCAAAUUUACGUAAUUUCUUAGAAUUCAAUCCCAUUGAAAUUGCUCAAACUAAUCAACUAACUGAUAAUAAUAAUAAUAUCUUUACAUCAUCGAUAAUCAAGAGUGGACUGACUACUAUUAUAAAUACUAUUACUUUAGGUGUAGUAGAAGAUUUCCAAGAAGAUCAUGAAGGGAGAUAUAGUUCAGUAUAUCCAGUAGUUGAAGUAUUAAGAGGGAGAUUAGGUGCACCAACUGAUGAAGAAAUGGUAUUAGCACAGAAUUUAUAUGAAACAUUAUAUCAUUCUAAAAUAAUCCCUAGUGAAUCAUUGAAAAUAAAGAAUUAUGGUAUUGCCGUUAAACAAGAAGGAGGAGAUGAAACUAUUUAUUAUCCUGAUUUAAAUAAAGAAGAAUGGGAAUAUAUAAAUACUUCAUCAACUCAUAGUAAAUCAUAUUCAUUUGUAUUAAGUUCAUCAAUAAAGAUCUAUUCUAAAACUACUAGCAUUAAUAGUUUAUUUGAUUUAUGUUAUUUAUCAAUGAUUGAUGCAUUAAAGAAAUUAAGAUUACCAAGAAUCUAUUUAUCCGAUUCAUUACAAACUAAAAUAUCAAUGAAAUCAAGAAGAUCAAAUACAAGAGGUUUAAUUAAUAUUAAUAGAAGAAAUAAUAAUUUAAAUAUUGAUUUACAUCAAGAUUUAUAUUGUGAUAUUAAAUUAAAUAAUGUUAAUGAAAUAUCAAGUAAUAAUUUUGGAGUUAUUAAGGAUGAAAAUAACAAUGUGAUUAUGUUAGCUGAUUUAGAAGGUGAAGUUGAAGAAGUAAGUAUAUUAUCAAGAUUAUCAAUUAUUACUAAUAAAAAUGGUAUUAUUAAUAAAAUAAGUUUAAUUAAUGGUGAUGAUGGUAACGAUAAUAAUGAUUGUUAUUUUAAUCUUGAUUUAUUAAGAGAUGCAAUUGAAAUUAGCAAAAAGAGAAGUAGUGAAGGUAUAGUAUAA